AUGGGAAACGAAGAAUCAGCCAUGGUGAGCGACUCCACUCACUCUUCGAAGUUAGAAGCUCGCAAUAUCGACGCCAUCGCCAAAUACAUCAAGGAACACAAUGUUCAAAAAAUUGUGAUUAUGGUAGGAGCGGGAAUCAGCACUUCGGCAGGUAUCCCGGAUUUCCGGUCACCAGAGACGGGACUCUACGCCAACCUGGCUAUGCUGGACUUGGAAGAACCUGAAGAUGUAUUCGACAUUAGUUUCUUCAGACAGAACCCGAAGCCAUUCUACGCCUUGGCGCGUGAACUCUACCCUGGACGCUAUCGCCCAACUGUCGCCCACACCUUCAUUAGAUUACUGCAUGACAAGGGUCUGCUUUUGAAGCACUUUACUCAGAAUAUCGAUUGUCUUGAGCGCCAGGCGGGUCUCCCUGGUGAGAAAAUCAUAGAAGCGCAUGGCAGCUUCGCGACACAGCGGUGCAUUGACUGCAAGGCGCCUUAUCCCGACAUUGAGAUGCAUGAAAUUGUUGAGAAAGGCGAGGUGCCGCACUGCAAGGAGUGCGGCGGCCUGGUUAAGCCGGACAUUGUCUUCUUUGGUGAAGCACUCCCUGAGAGUUUCUUCCAGAACCGCUUUCUCCCGGAAGAGGCGGACCUUUGCAUUGUGAUGGGGACUAGUCUCUCUGUCCAGCCAUUUGCCAGUCUCCCCCAAAUGUGUAAACAGGGAACGCCCCGCGUGCUGAUUAAUAUGGAUCGCGUUGGGGGUUUGGGAUCACGACCGGAUGAUGUUCUUCUACUCGGUGAUAUUGAUACAGGUGUAAGGAAGUUUGCUAGAGCCGUGGGCUGGGCUGAAGAAUUGGAGGCUCUCUGGGAAGAGACCAAUCCGGAUCCGAAGUCGCGUGAAGCCAAGGAUGCCCCUGCUCCAACUCGGGAUGAGCGGCUUCAGGAUGAGGUGGAUCGGCUCACCGAGGAAGUUGAGCGAACUCUGGGCUUAUCGACUGCAUACGAGAAGCGCGUGCGCGAGAAGUUGGCGUCGCAUGACACCGUUGAUUCUGGACUGACGCAUGUAUUUCCACACUUGGCGCGCAAAUCCCGUUAG